ACCUUUCGAGGAAUCCCCUAUCUGAAAUUUGCCGGGUGAUAAGUUUUCUGGAAUCUGAAGAGAAAGAGAACACCAAUAUUGCAACAGCAUAAAGGGAAUAAUCAAAUCUAUGAUACUGCGUACUCUGAGGUCUACUCAAUGGUUGAAGGACUUUCCUAAAUUUCGUAUUUCUUGCAUUUUCCAGCUGCAACACAAAAUGGCGGGAACGCAGGCUGGUUCGGAUAACAAUACCAAAGACAGCCCUGAAGAGUCCAACAAAAUAUUCUGCUUUGAACUCAAAGGCGGGCCAUUUUAUUUCACCUUACAGAAUGCUAGCGAGAUAGGCUCCAAGCGCCAGAAAUUUCACUAUCCACAGGAGCUUCAAAACUGUAAGGAAGUUUUAGGAAUGUCAUCUUUCGCCGUCAGCACUGAUGGGAAAAAUGCAACAAAUGGCUUACACUCGAUCAAAUCUUCAGUGGUUCAUAAUAUGAUCAGGCAUUACAGCAUGCGAGAUCGCUUGAAGACGAUGGAAAAUAACUCCUCGUUUUUAAUGGACAAACGUUGCGCUGUGAUCCCUACACUGACCCUUGACAAGAAUGUCGAAGGUGAUGAUCGAUUUUGCAGAGGUUUUGCCAUCCUGGUCAAUGAGAAGGGUUUUCCUGAGGAUUCAGUAAAAGACGCCGUUAAAGAGGGCAUAGCGGAAUUUGAUUGCCUUUCUUUUAACAGAUUUGUCAAUGAAGGUGAUCAGAUAGUUCAUCACCCAGACACUGGUGUUGAUAAUGAAGAGACCUCCUCAGUGGUGGUCCCAGUGCCACGCCCACACAUCCACCCAGCAUUUCUAGACAGGGAGACCAUUGGUGUGUUUCACAGCUAUGAGAGGUCUGUCCGGAUAUUAAAUGAGGUAUUUAAAAUAGAUAUUUUUUUAGACAAGUUAUUGAGCAUUAAACAAAAUAUUAGGAGGUGCAGCGAGAAUUAA